CCUCCCCGCUCCCGAGGGCCGGGACUCGGGACGCUGCUCGGUCGCUGCCCGUGAGGAAGAGGCGGCCUUCCCCCCCCCCCCCCCCCCCCCCGACAUUCCCUCCCCUUUUCCCUCCCCGACCGGGACUCGCCCUGCACCGGGAGGGAGACGAUCGCUGCCCGCUCCUCCUUCUCCUCCUUCUCCUCCUCCUGCAGCGGGGGCCGCAUCCUGCUGCCGGGGGGAGGGAAUUGAUGUGGAGACCCAGCGCAGCACCAUGCAGCCGCCGCCGAGGAAGGUGAAAGUUACACAGGAGCUAAAAAACAUUCAGGUUGAGCAGAUGACAAAACUUCAGGCCAAGCACCAGGCAGAAUGUGAGCUACUUGAAGAUAUCAGAGCAUUCAGUCAGAAAAGAGCAGCAAUCGAGAAGGAAUAUGCACAGAGCAUUCAGAAGCUGGCCAGCCAAUACUUGAAGAAGGACUGGCUUGGAAUAAAAGCUGAUGAGAGAAGUGAUUAUAGGAGCAUGUACUCCGUAUGGAAGUCCCUUUUAGAAGGCACGAUGCAGGUGGCUCAAUCCCGCCUCAAUAUCUGUGAGAACUAUAAGAACCUGAUUUCAGAGCCAGCCCGGACUGUGCGGUGCUUUAAGGAGCAGCAGUUGAAGAAGUGUGUGGACCAGUUGACGAGGAUCCAGGCUGAGUUACAGGAGACAGUCAAAGAUUUAGCUAAAGGCAAGAAGAAAUAUUUUGAGACGGAGCAGAUGGCUCAAGCCGUGCGGGAGAAAGCGGAUAUUGAGGCCAAGUCCAAACUUAGUCUUUUUCAGUCAAGAAUAAGCUUGCAGAAGGCAAGUGUAAAGUUAAAAGCACGGAGAUCCGAGUGUAAUUCCAAGGCAAUCCAUGCAAGGAAUGAUUAUCUCCUCACGUUAGCAGCUGCUAAUGCACACCAAGAUCGCUAUUAUCAAACAGACCUAGUAAACAUUAUGAAGGCUCUUGAUGGGAAUGUAUAUGAUCACCUUAAGGAUUAUUUAAUGGCAUUCAGCAGGACUGAACUAGAGACAUGCCAAGCUGUACAAAACACAUUCCAAUUUCUACUGGAGACUUCCAGCAGGGUGGUGAGGGAUUACAAUCUCCAGCUCUUCCUCCAGGAGAACUCAGUGUUUCACAAACCGCAGCCUUUCCAGUUCCAACCAAGCGACAGCGACACUAGUUUUAAUGCAGUUCAACUGGUGGAUAUUGAGCCCUCACCUGUCAGUGCUAUGAGAAUGACAAUAGCAGAGAGCCGACAACUGGAAUCGGAAACUGGAACAACUGAAGAGCACAGCCUCAACAAGGAGGCUCGGAAAUGGGCAACCCGAGUGGCCCGGGAGCAUAAAAACAUCAUCCACAGUCAGCGGACACUUGAAGAGCUGGAAUGCCAUGGGCCUGUGAUGUCCGAGCAAACCCGAGCAGAACUGGAGCAGAAAAUAGAUGAAGCCAGAGAGAGUAUUCGCAAAGCUGAGAUAAUAAAGCUGAAAGCAGAGGCUCGUCUGGACCUGCUCAAGCAGAUCGGGGUGUCCGUGGAUACGUGGCUCAAGAGCGCCAUGAACCAAGUGAUGGAGGAACUGGAAAACGAGCGCUGGGCCAGCCUGCCCUCGGUGACCAACAACGGCUCUUCACACCUGGGAAAUGCUGAUGCAGAGAAGGAAGAAGGUGAAGAGUUUGAAGACAGCAUGGAUGUGUUUGAUGACAGUAGUUCUAGUCCUUCUGGUACUCUAAGGAAUUACCCUCUCACCUGCAAAGUUGUUUAUUCAUACAAGGCUUCUCAGCCAGAUGAAUUGACCAUAGAGGAACAUGAGGUGUUGGAGGUGAUAGAAGAUGGAGAUAUGGAAGACUGGGUAAAGGCACGGAAUAAAGCAGGUCAUGUGGGCUAUGUGCCAGAGAAGUACCUGCAGUUCCCAACGUCCAGCAGUCUGCUGAGCAUGCUGCAGUCCCUCGCCGCACUGGAUAACAGAUCACACACCUCAAAUAACUCCACGGAGGCUGACUUGGUCUCAGGCACCCUGAAUGGAGACUCCAGUGUGUGUUUUGUGAAAGCACUUUACGAUUACGAGGGCCAGACGGAUGACGAGCUGUCCUUUCCGGAAGGAGCCAUCAUCCGCAUCUUGAACAAGGAAAAUCAGGAUGAUGAUGGCUUUUGGGAAGGAGAAUUCAACGGGCGCGCUGGGGUGUUCCCGUCCGUCUUAGUUGAGGAGCUGACGGCCUCAGAAAACGGAGAGACUCAGUGGAUUGGAGAUAUUCAGGUAUCCCCAACUCCAAAGCCUAACCAUGCCCUUCCACCGCUGCCCCUGUAUGACCAGCCUCCCACUAGCCCCUACCACAGUCCGGAUAAACGAGGUUCUCAGUACUUCCCCAGAUCACCCUCAACUAACGAAAACAGCUUCAGCUCAGAGUCCCCUGGAUUCUCACAGCCUCCACGAGUUCCUCCUGAAAGUUCCUAUGGAAAACUGCGACCUGUACGAGCAGCACCGCCACCCCCAACACAGCAUCACCGCCGGACCACAGAGAAGAUAGAGGACGUGGAAAUCACCCUGGUGUAACGAUGGGACUAGUUAAGUAGUAGUGCUACAAUCAAGACCAAACGUGGUAUUUGGUCGAAUCUCAGUUUUUAGGCACCUUUGCAUGAUGAAGACUUUGACUAGAACAAGAGAUAGGGAGGAUUUUAUGUGGCAGUGACCUGGUGGACUCCUUCCCGCAGUCAUGACUAUUUUGUGCCUUUUGAGUUUGUUGCUUUGAUUUAUAUAAGUCAUUCUUCCUCUCUUAGCACAAAGCAAGACAGGCCAAACAGCGAGCAGAGGAUUGCCUUGGAGCAGGUUUCUCUCUUGGCUGAAGAUGGUCAGUUUUUAUAUGGAGGCUGAAGAGAAAGAGCCUCCUUCAUGCAACUUAGUCAUAACGUCCUUCGACCACGUGCAUUAGUACAGUAUAUUACUGUUGCCAUAGGAAUGUGUUAAAAGAUUGUCCAUUCUUCAAGUAGCAUUUACUUUGUCUGAUUAGGGAUUAAUCAGAUUUGCAGAACGAAAAGAAAGGGAACUGAAAUAAGUAUAAAUAGAGGCUGGCUCCUCUUCAAUCCCCUUGCAGAAAGGAAGAAACAGGCAAAGAAUCUUCUAGAUGAGGCAAACUGAUGCAGACCAUACGUUAAUGCACACCUCUUCAAUGAUGAACAGUUCAACUGUUACGUCCUUUGUAUUCAUAUUUAUGCAGUACAUUUAGGAAUAGAGUAUCUAAUCUGGAGGUGCUGAAUUAGUAGCAACAUCUUGUUUCAUAGCAUAAACCAACUGGUAGAAAAGUUAAGUGAGAUUUUUGUCUAGAUCUGGAAAUUGAGCUUCUUUUUUUCUUUUCUUAGCAGAUUUUGGGGGGGUUUUGGUUUGGGUUCUUGUUGCCCAAGUAUUUGGGUCACUCUUCUCCCAGUUAUUGCCGUGUGCUUUAUUAUCCAUCAUUAGCAGUGUAUCUUUGGCAUCAGGACAUCUUAGGAGUUACAUUUAGAGUAUUUACAUGCAUUAGUUAGUUUUGGCAUUGGAUGGUCCUGUAGCAUAUUCCCACAUGGACACCCAUUCAUUAGCCAAAGCCAGGGAGCCAGGAGAACCUCUGGCUCCUGUGAAGCCUUCAGGCCACCGUGGUGGCCAAGACCACAGUCUCCAAUUGCUCUUAUAGGCAAGAAAUAGAGAGUAAAAGAACUUCCCAACCACUUCUCAAUUGAGAUCUCUGAAAAAGGAUCCUUUUUGUUCUUGAAAUGGUCGGAGGAGAGGGGAAAACUGGAGGAAAAGGGGUUUUCUUUAUGAACUCAAUGAUUUUCAGCAAUCUCCAUCAGAUCAAAGGCAUCAUCACAAGGUAGGGGUUUCUCAGCUGUUGUAAGGGUUCUGUUGCUUUUGUGUCUUCAUUUUCUUUCCUAAGCCAGUACAUUCUCUACCUUUACUUUAUUAACAAGGGCUAUUUUUUGAGGCUGCAUUUACAGAAAACAGAAUAAAAACCAACCCAUCUAACCGGGUUUUACCAUACACUUCACACAUACUUGUCAAUCCCAACCCAGGCUGUUUGCCAACCUCCUUUCCCAGUGGGAUCUCGAACCUAGAGCGGAGCUGGUUGAAGAAACCCAGUCAUGGAUCAGUGCUGAAAUCAGUGCCUGUCCAAUGAAGUCUUUCCCAUACGCGUCGUUCUUUUGCACCUCUUGUCCUGUUGAUCUGUUUGAGGUCUUUUUAUGUGUUUUAUCAAACUUAUUCUUAAGUUUAAAGAAGAAAAAGAAGUUUUUAAAGAGAAAAAAAAAAAAAGGAUUUAACUGUUUGCAAACCAUUUGGAAAGCUUCACCACGCAGAAGAACAACUAUUGCCAUCGUAACGUUCACCUUCGCUUUCUUUGGCCAGUUUUUCCUUGUGUCCUUCAUCCCUGGACUUUCCAAACAGCAGAAAGCGUUAUUUAAAGUCUCUUUUAGUUGUAUUUUAAGAUAUUUUCUGUAAGAGCUGCUAAUUUUAUUUAAAAAAGAAAAACAGACAAAAAAAAAAGGAAGAGAAGUUGUACAAAGACGCCUCCUUUUUACCUAUGAUUUCUUCAUACAGGGCAUGUAUUGGACGUCUCAUCGUGUACAGCGUCAGUACACUGAAAGCAUAGGUGCAAGAUGCUUUCUUUAUAUGGGCUGUAAAAAGUUUGUAUUUAUUAUGUAUAAAAAGUUGAAUAAUAAAAAAGUGGAAGUAAA